GCUACUCGGAAAUAUGAAGAAAUCAAGAAACGGAAAUACUCUCCAAUUGAUUCGAAGGAAACAUUGAAGAGCCCGGGAACUGCUAAUGAGGUUUAAAAUACCCCUUUCUAAUUAACUUACUCCUUGUGAUUUGUUGAUCAAGUAUCUCCACUAUCGGUGAACAGGGGUUCUUGCUAAAAGAAGUACAGAUUGAAAAGAUAUGUUUUUUGCUUUUGGAAAUGGAAGCUCCAUACAAGUCUUCAAUAGCAAAACCUCUUCAUAUGAAAUAUUCAGCCGAAUUGAUCAGAUCUCAAGGGGAAAUUGAGCUUUCAAAGCGACAAGUAUUUGGAAUUAAGGGCAAGAUUGAUAGUCAAAUGUUGUCACCAGAUAUAGAUUAUAUGUGUUACCUUGUAUUUAGGCUUUCAGAAACAUGUCACGGGUUACAUUCUCCUGUCAAAGUAAGAAAUGUUUUACAUUGGAAAAACAAAGAGAUUGGACUUAUUUCUUUUAGACCUCUAAGCCCAUGGAAUUCACCACAUACUAAUAGGGCUCCAAAAGAAAGGGAUGAUGGAUGGAUGGAGGUUCUUGUGUGGAAAUUUAACUCAAUUUCUCACCUCAGAAGGAAUCAUCCGGUCUUAUUGUAAGUGGCCUUGAGAUUCGGUCAUUGUAAAAGCAUGUGUUAGUAGUGCAUUCCACCAAUGUCAGGCUUUUCUAUCUGUACAUCACACUUUAAUCAAUGUAAGAGAAUUUACGGAGUGUAUGGGUUUGCAUUAAUGUUAAAAAAGCGAUCAACUCUUAA